CGCUGCCAGCACGCCAAAAGAACAAGCCGCACUGCUGCGAGUCGAAACCUAGGGGAACAGACCUGACACCCCGUCCCUCGUCCCGGUCCCUUCAAUUGUUUUGUCACUCUUCCCAAGUUCCAACCCUUCUCAUCUCGUCCUCACAAGUCUUUGUCCGAUUGUCCUGACCCGACACUGACAUCACGUCAACUUCCGAGCACCGUCUCGCAGAUACCCCC